AUGUCAGAUAUCGAUUUUAAUGCCUUGAAGGCGCGGACUUUGGGCUCCGGGAACGACGAGGAGGCAGUAACUGUGAACACCCGCGCACUCAUAGAUAAGGUGUUGGCUCGAUACUCUGGUGAAUGGACCGUCCUUCGAGAACUACUCCAAAACGCAGCUGACGCCUGCGCCUCAAGCGUUACUAUCAAGUUCGAGACCAUCCCUUCAACAAGUGUCCCAGCCCCUACUGAGGCUGAUCCGUCGGCUUCUCUAAAACAUGUCAUAUCUCACCACACCCUCAAACGUUUGAUACUUACCAACAAUGGAACUCCCUUCUCCCCAAACGACUGGGCUCGGCUUAAGCGUAUCGCCGAGGGGAAUCCGGACGAAACCAAGAUUGGGGCAUUUGGAGUCGGAUUUUACAGUGUAUUUUCUGAUUGCGAAGAGCCAUUCGUAUCCUCAGGCUCGGAGGCUAUCGCAUUUUAUUGGAAGGAGAAUGCCCUGUUCACCCGUCGGCUAAAAUUAGGGGAAUCAGAUUCAAACCCAAAUACGAACUUCGUUUUGGAUUAUAGAAAUACUACAUCUCCAGUCCCAGCUCUUUUGCCUUUAUGCCAGUUUCUCGCCAGUGCCCUAACAUUUGUUGGGCUGAAGUCUGUGGAGCUUUGGCUUGAUGGCUGGAAACUGCUGCAUCUUUCUAAAAAAGUUGCCCCAAGUGUUAAAAUCAAAAUACCCAGAGAUGUUGAGACCAAAACUGGUGAGGGUCAUAUGACAGUAUCCGGCGUGAUACAGGAAGUUGCUCAGAUGGAUGCAACAUGGAUGGAAGCAGUCUCGUGGAAAGCCCCAAACAACACGUCUCGAUUCGACAGCUCCAGACAUUAUGACCCUACAUCGUCUUUGAAAUCCUUUUUCUCCCGCCUGACUGGCUCUUCCUCGACUGGCCACUCUGCCAAAACCUUCAACCCAGGGAGGGCGAGCAAUCAAGAAGCUCAGGAAGACCUUAUCUCCACGAGAACAUCAUCUGUAUUCCUUCACAUCAACACUGCCACUAUCAACACCUCCAUCGUUUCGUCGUUUGCUCGUGAGCUUGAGCGCGCGACAAAAAAACCCCCACCUAAGAUGACGACUCUUGCAAUUUUAACGACAUCGUAUAGCUCCCAGGAACCUGGAGAAAACAACAGCUCAAAGAAUGCAGAUAUCUUUGCCUCCGUCCUGCCUUCAAGGUCUGGUAGAAUCUUUAUUGGCUUCCCCACGCACCAGACUACAGGCUUAAAUGCACAUAUCUCUGCACCGUCGAUAAUCCCGACAGUGGAGAGAGAAAGCAUUGAUCUCAAUGCCUGGUGGGUUCGCACUUGGAACCUUGAAUUAUUGAGAGCUGCAGGAAUUGUUUGCAGGAUCGCCUUCUCCGCUGAGAUGUCGUCUCUCAAUAACCGGAUUCGGGCUGGAGUAAACCAGCUUGGUCGGUCGAACAUUCGGAUGGAGGACAUAACCCAUCUAUUACCGGAGGCAGUGCAUACUUUCAACCAGUUUGUCUUCCGUGAAUCAACUCCAACAUCGAAGGUUGGCCAGGUAAUCGAAGAUUCAUUCUGGACCUGUAGCAAAAAUGCAACGAUUGAAGUAUUAUCUACUUCCGGGAUCCUUCCGUGUCACCAGGUGCGAAUUGCACACAAGGAUCUCAGCUUCAUGGGUUCCAUACCGGUAAUACCAGACGAGCUUAUGACAGGAGCAAAGGAUUUUGUGAAGCGCUUGGCGGAUUUCGGCCUUGUCACCGACAUUAACGUCUCAGAUAUUAUCAAAGAGUUGGAGUCUCAUCCUCUGACCUCAAAGCAAUUGGAAGAAUUCCUGUCUUGGGUGACCAAAAAAGCUUCCACCCGUGACAUUGACAUUCCGACAGUCCGAUCCUUACUACGAGUGGCAGUCGCAAAUGACGAAUCUCCUGGUGGCGUUUCCUCCCAUGUUAUUGUUCUCAGUGAUGUGAAUAGUUUCGUGAACCCGAAUAAAAUUCCUGCGGAAUUGCCCAUGCCACUAUCCGUCAUGCCUUUCAAAUAUACGAAGAAUUUGCCAAGGCAUUCUCUGGAGGCCUUGCAAUGGAAAGAACUGCAGAUUUCUACUUGGAUUACAUGGCUGGUAGAAAAUGCGAAAAAUAGGGGCUUGCUUCGUCCAGACCAAGAUAUUACGCAGGCCGCCUCAUUUGCUACCCAGGUGCUCCCUGUGCUAUCUAAACAAUGGGAUAGCUUAGAUAUAUCCACAAAGGGUACCCUCACUGGUCUUCUGCGAAAUACUACAAUCAUCCCCACCAAGUCUGGGAUGAAACGGCCACCUGAAGCGUAUUUCCCGUCUGUAAGACUAUUUGACGAUUUACCUGUCGUGACAGGGCUAAACAACGUCAAGGAGAAAUUCCUCGGCGCUCUAGGUGUUCGGAAGACCGUUGAACUCAACGUGAUUUUUGAAAGACUACUGAACAAGGAUGAUAAAUCGACCGACGAGAAAACCCCAACCCUCAAGAUGUGGAGUCACGUAGAUUUGAUCAAAUACCUGACUUCCGUUCGAGACGAUAUUCCACCAGAAGAUAUUCAAAAACUGAAACAAGCAAAAAUAUGCACCGCUGUAGCCAAUGAAAAUCCUAACUUGGAUGGUAAACGAUAUAAAGUUUGCGACCUUUAUGUGCCGGAUGAGUCAUUGAAGGCUCUUGAAUUGCCGAUACUUUAUUGGCCGGGAAAGUUUUCACCAAGUAGCCCCGAGGGGCGGUUUUUGUCGCUGCUGGGACUCAAGAGUUUUCCAGCAGCUCAAGAGGUAUUACAACUUAUGGCUUGGGCAGCCACGGCAGACAAAGCCAAACUCCGAGAUAAGGCGAUGGCGUAUUAUAUAACCCACCAUAUUUCCAAUGGAUAUGUCAAUUUUGAUGCAUCCACGGUUAACAUGCCAUAUCUUCCAAUUGAAGGACAAAACAAACUCAGCACACCGAAGCAUUGUUUCACCGAUGAAGGAGCUACCCUAUUCGGAUUUGAUCUCCUAAGAAGAGAUCUUUGGCCCCAUGCCUCAAAAUUUGGUGUCAGCCAGCAUCCGUCGCUCAGUGCCUGUAUUGAUAUUCUUGUUAGCAACCCUCCUCCCUCGAAAAAGGAGGCCAGAAUUUUGUUUGAAUAUUUCGCCAAACGUCUAGGAGAGAUCAAUUCACCUCGAUCAGAGCGUAUUGGUCAAGCACACAUAGUCCCUGUAAUCCGAAAGACGUCCAAUUCUAACUUGUUCCCGAAGGACAAGUCUUCACCAGUCACUCAUAUUGCACCACGAGAUUGUUAUCUCGGCGAAAGUGAAGACUACGGAAACAUAUUUGAUUUUGUUGACUUUGGACAAGAAGCCAAUCUGUUUCUCCUUGCGUGUGGCUCCAAGCGGGAACCGACCAAGACUGAAGUUGCGAGCAUGUUGGUCAAGGAACCCGCUAUGAUAUCUGCAAAGCUUCAAACCCCUGAAAAAUAUUUGAAUCUCUUGCGGAGUCUCGCCGAAAGCAUUCCAUUGUUAAAGAAGAACAGAGAUUUGUUCAGGGAGAUGAAAACAGCACCAUUCCUACUCGCGAGCAGAGAAUUGCCUUCCAAACCGACUGCUUCUCGCAAACCGGACGAAAAAUUAAUUGAUAUUGACGAUGAAACUUAUGAAGACGAUACGCAAGCCAUUAAGGAAUGGCAACUAGUAAAAGCUCAUGAUGCUAUUAUCAUCGAUGACUAUUCCAGUUUUAGCUUGUUUAAGCAAAAUAUCCUUGCUGCGCCGCAAGAGGAGCUGCUUGAACAUCUAUAUGUUGCCCUAGGCACACCAUGCUUGAGCGAGCUUGUGGAGGAGCAAGCUCGGUGUGGCAGUCUGGCACCCGAUCAGCGCGUUGCAGUAAAAUUGCAGAAGCAAAUUUAUGAGCGGUCUCGCUUAUUUCUCCACGACCUGCCUCGCGAUAUGAUCAAACAUGAUACCAAGUGGCUGGAGCGAAAUCUUUCAGUUCAAGUUGUGCAGUCUAUCUCCUUGAGACGGACCCUUAAGGGCCAUCAUGCUUCACAUGUUGAACAACGGAGCGCUGUUGUCAUGCAAACCCAGACCGGCUGGGUAUUAUCGAUGGCUGCCGGUCGACCAAAUUUAUACCAAGUCAGUCAGGCACUUGUUCAUCUCAUUCUCCAUAGACCGAAAUUACACUUAACACUCACACUGGAGAUGUUGCUCAAAACCGACCUCCUCGAGCUGCGUGCUCGAGGCUAUAAUGUCGAGCGUAUCCUUCGCCAAAAGGCUGCUGAAGCUCGGAUGGAGGAAAUCAAACGGCAGCAGCAGUUGGAAGAAGAGUUAAAACAAAUCCAAGAAAAUGAAGUUGCUUGGAGAAAAGGCCAGCAAUCUGAACAGUCACAGGAUCACCACGAACAGCAGUUGAUGCCUGGAGAUUUUCCCAGUUCGUCCCCACCUCAUGAAAGGAAGCCGAGCCAUAACGCAGCAUCUUCAGAAGCAACACCUACCCGUCCAAAGAGCGGAAGAGGACUUUUCUCUGACCUGACUCGUCGAUUCGGAUUAGAGGAUUUCGCGCGAUCGAAUAGUCCCGUGCAAUCCGCCAUGCAAGGUCUCCGUGACAGAAGACACCAACCUAGCUCCUCGUCUGACGCCCCUCCACCGCCGUACACUACUAACGAACCAGAUUCGACAAAGAAUCCCAAUCCACAACCAGUGACAUCGCCCCAUGCACUCCAAUCAAACCUGAUGUCUGCCAUCCAAGCAUGUCGACCGCACGGAUCGACAACGCUCUACAGCCGUGGCGAACAGAAUAAAGUCGUGGAAACCAAAUCAUACUGCGACGAGAGACCCAGCCACGACCUUGUAUUUGCGGCCGAUUCUACCUCUAACAUCCGGAUAUUCGUGGCGAAAACAGUGAACGAUCGCUCUACGUUCCUAGCUGCGAAUUCGAACGGCCUUAACGCCUUCGCCUCGAUCUUGACAGAUUGCGCUAGUGUGUUUUCACUCCGGCUAGACAGUGUCAACAUAUUUUACGAUCCGGCUGGCCAGACGAUUGCGUUUAACAGCCAGGGCAGCAUUUUUUGCAACUACCUCUACUUCCAGCUGCUGCAUCAGCCGCGGAUGUCGAGCGGAGGGCCGGGGUGUCGCGAUGAGCCGUUGGUGUACUGGUGGGUAAUUUUUUGUCAUGAGCUGGCUCAUAAUUUGGUUGAGGACCAUAGCUCAGAUCAUAGUUUUUAUACCGAGGGUUUCGUGGGGCAAUAUUUCCCCAGGGUUGCUAGGAAGAUAGUGGAGUACACGGCGUCCUCGACUACUGCGGCGGUACCCCCAGGCGUCUCUUCUCCCGCUGCUACCGGCAAAUGAUAAUUUCGGUUGCUUUCAUUUAUUUCCCUUCUCGUUGUCAUUGUUGUAGAUUAGAUAUUUGUCGCGGCGCAUUACAAUCAGGCAUCAGUCAAUGCAUCUAGAUAUGUAUAGACCC